AUGUCAGUAAAAACACGUAAUAUAGCAGUUGUUGGAUCCCGGUCAGUAGGAAAAUCAUCAAUGACAGUUCGAUUUGUUGAAGAUCAUUUUGUUGAAAGUUAUUAUCCAACUAUAGAAAAUCAAUUUAGUAAAAAUCUAAAAUUUAAAAAUCAAGAAUAUGCAAUAGAAGUAUUAGAUACAGCAGGACAAGAUGAAUAUUCAAUGAUGAAUGAAAAACAUUUAAUUGGAAUUCAUGGAUAUUUAUUAGUUUAUUCUGUAACAUCAAGACAAUCAUUUGAAUUAAUUGAAAUUAUAAGAGAUAAAAUUUUAAAUUCUAUUGGAAAUGAAAAUAUACCAUUAGUUUUAAUUGGUAAUAAAAAUGAUUUAAAUUUUCAAAGACAAGUUUCUUUUGAUGAUGGAUUUAAAUUAUCAGAAAAAUUUAAAUGUAAAUUUUUAGAAACUUCUGUUAAAGAAAAUUAUAAUAUAAAUCAAUCUUUUGAAACUUUAAUAGAAGAAAUUGAAAAAAUUCAUAAUCCACCUAUUGUGAAAAAAGAAGAAAAAUGUGUAAUAGUAUAA